AUGGGGCCGCGGAAGCCGAAUCCGAGCGAUCUCUCCGACCCAGCGUCGUCGAGCGCCCUCGAGGAGUACGCCGACCUGCCAGCCUCGGCCAUCACCCCACCGGACAGCCCCCGCGCUGCGCUGGAGCACCAGCAGCGCCCGGUGUCGGACCAGGUCGCGGACAUCGCCGAGGAGGACCCGUUCCAGGACACGGUCGGGUCGGGCGGGGUGCUGAUGGGGUCGGUGCGGUCGGCGCUGAAGGACGUGAUCGUGCGCGGGUGGCGCGACGUGCCGUGGGAGCCCGCGCCGCCCGCGCCGGCCCCGAACGAAGCAGAGGCGGCCAUCAGCCCCGCGUCCAGCAUGCAAAUGAACGGCGCGGAGCUACCGCAAGACGUCAACGAGGCCGUCUGGGCGCUCCUGGAGGGCGCACACGUGGGCGGGAUACCUCCGCGGCCGCGCGGGGGGGGUUCCCGCGGCGUUCCGCCCCCUGCCAUGAUGCAGGCCGCGCUUGCGCUGGCCAUCGGUGAGCUGCGGGACGCGCGGGCGGGCGCGCGCGAGCAGGCGGAGGGCGACGGGGGCUGGGGGAGCGAGGGGGCGGAGCGGCGGGGCACGCGGGUGUUCCGCGAGGUGGACGAGAAGGACGCAGAGGCCGUGCGGGAGGAGCUGGCGGGGCUUCGGGCGCAGCUGAGGGCGAGGGACACGGAGCGGGAGGCGGCGGAGGCGGCGUUGCGGGAGGCGCUGGCGGGGAUGCAGGGGCGCGCGGAGGCGGCGGAGGGGACGGUGGGGAGUUUGCGGGCGCAGCUGCGGGCGCUGCAGGAGCAGCUGACGUGGAACAACGAGAAGGUCGAGGACGAGCGCGCGGCGAUGGCGGUCGAGAUGGACGAGGCGGUGCUCGAGGAGCGGAAGAAGGUGGAGAAGGCGCAGGGGGAGAUCGCAGAGCUGCAGCGGGCGCUGGAGGGUGCGUGGCGGGAGGCGCGGCUGGCCCGGGAGCGAGCGCAGGCGGCGGACGCGAGGCGCGAGGAGGCCGAGGCGGUGCACACCAUCCUCGCCGGCAAGGUCGCCGAGGCGGAGCGCAAGGCCGCGGCGGCGUCGGACGAGGUCGAGCGCACGCACCGCGCGGCGCAGGGGGCGCUGCGGCGCGCGAAGGACCUCGAGGAGGUGCUGGCCCGCGAGAAGGACGCGCGGGCGCUCGCGGAGCGCUCGGAGCGCAGGGCGCUGCGGCGCAUCGCGGAGCAGGUGGCCCUGGAGAGCGAGAGGGGGCUGGCGCUGACGCAGGCGCAGGGGCUGCGGAGCCGCGCGGCGGAGGUGGACGCGGUGCGGGUGGUGACGGAGCUGUCGCCGGCGCCAGCGGAGGGGCCGAGGGCCGGCGAGGGGGACGUGGGGGAGUUGGAGGUGCCGGAGGGGUCGUCGAUGGGGGAGUUGCGGGCGGCGAUGCACUACGUGGGCGACAAGGUGCUGGACGCGAAGCGCGCCGAGGCGGAGGCCGCCCGGAGGGAGGCCAGGCAGGCGGAGGAGGCGUUCGAGGUGUGGCGGGAGCGCGAGACCGCGUCCGCGCUGGCGCACGCUCCGCGGCACCUGCGCCCGCUCGGGGUAGCCGCUCGCUUCCUGGUGUGUGCGGGGCCGGGCUCCGCGGCAGCGCGCGUGGCGAAGCGCCUCGCAGCCGACCUGGGACGGACGCAUGCCACGCGGCUCGAGCUCGCGAGCGACGACUCCGGGUCCUCUUCGGGCCCGCUGCCGCCCGCGCCGGCGGUGCCGCUGGCCCACCGCAUGGUGGUGGUCGUGGGCCGACAGUCCGGGACGGACGCCGACGCGAACUCGCCCGCGUGGCGCACGCUCGCGGCGCGGCUGAUGGAGGCGCUGCGCUGCAACGCGCAGGUCCUGCUCGUGACGGAGGCCCCCGCGGAAGCGCACCGGGGGGGGUGUACCGCUGACGUGGCGGCCGCGGCGAAGGUGCUGGAGAGCAAGUACGUCCGGGCGGCGCAGGCGCUGCUGGCCGCGGAGUCGAACACGCGCGUCGAGGCGGGGGUGGCGCUGGGCGCGGGCGCGCCCGGCGCGGGGCGGUUGUGGGACAAGGCGGUGUCGGCAAUCCGGGCGCACGGGGGUGUGCCGGACGCCGCGCUGAUGGAGCUGCCCGCGGAGGAGCUGCGCAGGCUGCGGCCGCGGGGCGAGGCCGAGCGCGCGCUCGGUGCGCGCGUGGAGGGGAGUCCCGCGAAGGGCGCCCUGGUUCCCGUGUCAGCCAUCGACUUCGUGGGUCUGACUGGCAUCCGGCACCUCGACAUAUCGCUGUCCGGGCCGGGGGGCGCCGCGUGGAUCUCCGCUCUGCCGGCGCUGCUCGCGCGCGGCGGUGCGGCCCUGACUCAGCUCUCUCUGCGCGACUGCCCGUCUGACGCCGCGGCAGCUGACGUGGCCGACGCGCUGGUGGGCGCGGAGUGCCCCCCGAAAACGGCGGGGUUCAACGUCGCGCUGCCGCUUCGGGGCCUCGUCGAGGGCACCGUGCGCGACGUCGACGCCACGGGCGGCCCCGGCGCGCAGGCGGAGGACGUGUUGCUGCUGUGCCGGGUGGUCGAGAAGUGCGAGUCGCUGCGGUCGCUCGCGGUUGCCGGCCGCGCGCAGUCCGCGACAGCUGGCGCGCCGGAGCCGCGCUGGCGCCGGCUGGCCGCGGCGGUGCUGGCGCACCCGCAGAUGCGGCGCGUCAACGGGAUCCGCAUCGAGCGGGGCGAGGACGGCACGGCGGAGUUGACGGGCGUGAUCCAGGACAAGGUCGGGCUCUUCGGCCCCGUGCUCCAGCUCGAGGGCGCGGAGGUGGGCCCGCUGGGGUGCGCCUUGGUGGCCAAGUGGCUGGCGGGGGAGUCUGGGACGGUCCCGGGGGGUGUCGAGGUGAUCGACCUCAACGGCUGCAGCGUCGGGUGCGCGGGCCUCGCGGCCUUCGCGAAGGCCUUCCGCGACGCCGGCGCCGAGGACCACGCCGGCCCAGGGGCGUCCGUGCGCAUCCUGCGCAUCCGCCGCGACUCGUUCGUGUCGCCCCGCGGCGCGUCGGCGCUCAAGGCGCUCCUCAGCGCGUGUCCCGGUCUAGCGCGGCUCGACCUCUCUGCGUGCGCGAUCGGAGACGACGGCGCGCGUGCGAUCGCGGCCGCGCUGCCGGUGUGUGGGGCGCGGCUGGUGGACGUGUCGCUGGGGACGAACCGCGUGGGCGCGGCGGGCGCGCGGGCGCUGGCGGCAGCGAUCGGCGAGGGGCACACGCCGGAGCUGCGCGUGCUGGACCUGCAGGGCAACGUCGUCGGCGACAGCGGCGCGGCGGAGCUGGCGACGGCCCUGCAGCGACAGGCGGCGGCCGAGGGCGGCGGCGCGGUGGAGUGCCUGCGGCUCGCGGACAACUACAGCAUCGGGGCGGAGGGUGCGCGCGCGAUGGGCGAGCUCGCGGCGGCGUCGGCGGCCCUGGAGACGCUGGACUUGUCGCGCAACCACCUGGGGCCGGAGGGGGCCCGGGCUCUGGCGCGCGGGCUGCGGAGGUCGCGUGGGCUCGCGACGCUGGACCUGCGGUGGUGCAAGCUGCGCGCCGAGGGCGUCACGCACAUCUGCGAGGCGCUCGGGGGCGGCGCGGGCCAGGCGCCGCCCAUCCGUGCGCUGGACCUGGCACGGAACAACAUCGGGGACCGCGGGGCGGCGGCGGUGGCGACGAUGCUGCGGAAGGGCGUGCCGAGCCUGGCGACGCUGGACCUGGCGACGAACGCGAUCGGCCUGGAGGGGUUCCGGCAGCUGAGUCUGGCGGUGCGGGAGGGGGGGACUCAGCUGGGGAGUCUGUGCUUGGAAGGCAACCAGAUGGACACGGGCGGGCGGCAGCGGCUCGAGGAGGCCGUGCGGAAGGCGGCCAAGGCGCGGGCGGCCGCGGCGGCGCAGGGCGUGGACCGGCCGAUGUCUGCGGCAACGUCACAGCGCGCCGCGGUCGCAGAGGCGUGA